GCAGCAGCGGGCGGCAGCGGAGGGAAGGAAGAGGCAAGAUGCCGGCCGGGCACGGGCUGAGGUCGAGGACGAGGGACCUUUUCUCCCGGCCAUUCCGCAAGAAGGGGUACAUUCCCCUCACCACAUACCUGCGCACCUACAGGAUCGGCGACUACGUCGACAUCAAGGUGAACGGCGCCGUCCACAAAGGCAUGCCCCACAAGUUCUACCACGGCCGCACCGGCAGGGUCUGGAACGUCACCAAGCGCGCCAUCGGUGUCGAGAUCAACAAGCAGGUUGGCAAUCGGAUCAUCAAGAAAAGGAUCCAUGUCCGUGUCGAACAUGUGCAGCCGUCCAGGUGCCAGGAAGAUUUCCGUUCGAGGGUGAAGAAGAAUGACCAACUGAAAGCGGAGGCGAAGGCGAGAGGCGAAAUCAUCAGCACCAAACGGCAGCCAGAGGGUCCUAAGCCUGGCUUCAUGGUCGAAGGAGCUACUCUUGAGACUGUCACUCCCAUUCCUUACGACGUCGUCAAUGACCUCAAGGGUGGCUAUUAGUUUUCUCUUUCUUUUUGACGAAUUUUCAGUUCAGCGUUUGAUCCUUGUUUUGCUUGAAGAUUUC